AUGGCCGAACAUUCCACCCAUAUUCGACACGUACUCCUUUACGAGUUCGAAUCUGGCCACCCCGCUGCUAAAGCACAUCUCCAGCGCUUCAAAGCCGGAAACAAGAAACUCGAAGAUGAGCCUCGCUCUGGUCGACCGACUGCAAUAUCGUUCGACGAACUGAAGAAUCUGGCGGAGCAGCAUCCAUAUGAAGGUGUGCGGUAUUUUGCUGCCAGUCUUGGAUGUUCGCUGUCCACCGUGAGCAGUCAAGACCGAACUUUUUCACCAUUUCGAGGGAUCGCAAAUCAGUCCGGACUGCGAUCUCUCGGAAUGGUGAAAAAGCUCGGUCAGUGGCUCCCACAUGCAUUGAGCGACGGCAACCGCCAAAGACGCCUGGACAUCUGCACUCAGCUGCUCUCCAGAAGCCGCAGAUUUGACUGGCUGGACACCAUUGUCACUGGUGGUGAAAUAUAG